AUGUUUUAUUCCGAGACCCUCCUGUCCAAGACCGGGCCGUUGGCCCGUGUCUGGCUGUCUGCCAAUCUCGAGCGCAAACUGUCCAAAGCCCACAUCCUCCAGUCCGACAUUGAAAGUAGCGUUCAUGCGAUCGUGGAUCAAGGACAGGCGCCUAUGGCCCUGCGAUUGAGUGGUCAGUUGCUCUUAGGUGUUGUUCGCAUCUACAGUCGCAAGACUCGAUAUCUGCUUGAUGAUUGUAACGAAGCGCUAAUGAAAAUUAAAAUGGCUUUUCGACUAACUAAUAAUAAUGAUCUUCCUGCUACUGUCCAAUUGCCACCCGGCGGCAUCACUUUACCCGAUGUUUUGACGGAGUCAGACUUAUUUAUGAACCUGGAUACUUCCAUUUUGUUCUCCCAACCGCUACAACUCGACCAGCGCGAAAAGGAGCCCGCAUCAUCCCUUGGUUGGUCAAGCCAGUUGCUACCCGACAGCAGUUCUCCGGAGAAGUUUCGUCACACUGAGAAGCCACAUUUGGAAGAUGACACGGGUCUUAUUCUUGAUUUAGGCGAAGAGGAUACCCCUCUUGGUCACGAUACCAGUAUUGAAGUUGGUAGAAAUGCCCCUGCUGCACGUUCUGCCGGGGAAGACCUAUUCAGCGAGGAGCCACGGUUAUUUGAUGAUGACUUGGAUCUUGAUUUGGGAGAGGAUUCUGCCCCUUUAGCCAAACUCGACGGGGAAUAUAGUCGUCUCGCGCAGCAGGAAAUUGAACAUGCUCUGCAGCAAGAUGAGGAUCUCGCGAUGGCCAAUACAGAGGAGCUAGGUGUGCCCAUUGCGGACGAAUCCACCAUAAUGCCAGCGCCGGAAAAUGAAUUCUUGCGAGACUCACAAUCACCACUCUCUUCUGCACGCUCGAGCGUUGUUCGUGAUAUGGAUGAUUCCUUCAUGAAUGAAGACGCCCUUUCAGCUCCCCAGCAGCAACGAACCAAGCGAAGAAAGCUGAUCAAACCGGAUGCGGAUACUUUUUUCUCGGCUCACAGAAUCAAGGAACAGCAAGAUGACCGUUCCAAAAUUUUGAGGCCAGAGUCGUUCUUAUCAUUUCUUCCCCGCGAUCCUGUGCUACUUACUUUGAUUACUAUGCAAGAAAAUGGAGAAUUUGCGUCAAGCGUCAUGGGGGGUACUCGAGCCUACGGCUGGGCGCCAGAAUUGAGGGACAUUCUCUCAAUUGAAUCUGUACGUCAAGCUGGUCAGUUAAAGCGAAAGAGAGAUAGCGGAAUUUCGGAUAUGGAUAUCGAUGGAAAACAAAGCACCCCUAUACUCGAAUUAGAGGAGGAGAGCAAUCUCCAUAUUGAUGAAGGGAUUGGCUUAGGAGCAGAUGCUUCUACCAUCUUACAGGGUGCUAAUGAAAUUCAUAUACCCGGCGAAGCCGAAUUGCAAGCUCGUGAAGACCGUGAGGAUUGGAGUGAUGAGGAUGGAAUCGGCCCUCGCGAUGACUACGACGAGGGUGAAACUACUAUCCGACCCGUCGAUACUGGCCCUAUUUCUCUUGGAACCAAACAUGCUGUUCAUAUCCUCCGUGAUCAAUUCGGCGGGGCAUCAUCCGCCGAUGCUUCAUCGCAGCCGAAAGCCAAGUCAGUCCUCUUCCAGGAUCUUUUGCCCGAAGAACAUACGAGCAAGAGCGAUGCUACAAAAAUGUUUUUCGAAGUACUUGUGCUUGCCACUAAGGACGCUGUCAAGGUUGAGCAGAGCAGCGCUGCGAUUGGUGGUCGGUUGAGAAUUAGAGCCAAGCAGGCUCUCUGGGGAUCCUGGGCCGAAACAGAGGCUGGCGGCGAAAUUGCCGUCCAGGAUACAGAAAUUGUAUCCUGA